AAAGUUGUUGGUGCAGCCGUAAUUGUGUGCCAACGUAUCAAUUUGCUUGUUUCUGGAAUCAUCAGAACAUGUUGCCUAAAUUAAAGAUUUCCGAUUAUUUAUUGAAGCGUUUAGAACAAGUUAAGCAACAAUGCAGCGGUUGUUUGUUUGGUGUAUUUUAUGGUGAAGGGACCCUUUUGUUAAUGGGUUUUAACGUUGAAUCCACUAUCGGUCAUUUAAAUUAUGAACAAAUUCAAUACAAAUUCCCAGCUGAAUUAGAUUUAUGUGGCUUGGUUAAAUUCGGGGAUUGCAGUGAUGUUGAAGCUCAUCUGAGUGAGGUGUUUAAAGAUGUUGACAUCACUGACAACCCCAUAUUGUUGCAUUGUGAGUUGGGGACUUUAGUCGGCUUAAAAGCAUAUUUUCUCAUGCAUGGCAAAUUGGAACAAGUGCCCUACGAGGUUAUGAUGCCUGCCCAAUUAUAUCGAGACUUUUGCUUCACUCGUCUUAAAUGCAAUUGGACAAUAUACUGUGAAGCUACCAAUCAAUCAGUACAGCAUGAAAUGCACGCUUUAAGAAAAAUGUUGUCGGGUGGUAGCUUGGCUUUUAAUAUUCAACCCACUAAAGUAUUUUUAACAAAUACCAGCAUUCAUGGAAAAAGUUAUGCGGACGGUAAGCAAAAUGUUACUAAUGAAAGUUUCAUAAUGGAUAUUUUAAAUGCGGUACGCGAAGUUCUAUUGACAAAUCAAGAAGAUAAGGAAAAUGUAAAGACUAAAAAGUCUUGUAUCCAGGACAUCAAAUUGAGUACAAUUUAUGGUGCGUUGGGUAGUGAUUAUGACAUAAUCGAUAUUGCAGUAUUACGCUGUAAGACACGUGAUGUCACUGAAGCUGAAAGCUCAUCUCGAAUUUUACCAUCUAUGAGUAUGUGCCUAAGGCCUAAUGAACAUAAAUUCAGUAUUCCUAUUGAAGUCGAAUCAAUGGCCAUACUUAACAAAUCCACCAAAGUAUCAAGACUCUAUGACAUACUAAUAGAGAGCAUAUGCCGUGCCUUGCGUUUAAGUGAACAAAGCAUUAGUGAACGUUUGGAAAAUACAGAAUUUCAGAAGCUUAAGGCCCCAAAAAUGUACAAUUUCUUUCCGCAGGAAUUUGGACAUUUUAUAUCCUGCUCCUAUUUGGAAGGAUUAGAUGAUUGUAGCCCCAGCAUGCAAGAUAAGCGUAAACGACUACAUCGUCACUUUGGUUUGCCGAUAACACGACCCUAUUUUAGACGUUCAAACGCUUGUAUAUUUCGAAAUGAAUUACCGCCUCAAAGCCCUCUUAUUAAUACUCAUGUGAAUGUCAAAUCAAGCGGUGUCACCGAAGGUAAACAGUACCUGGUGAAAGGAAACUAUUACUAUUAUCAUUAUCUACAACAACAAAUACAAGAUAAAGGGUGGGGCUGUGCGUACAGAUCAUUGCAAACUAUAUGCUCGUGGUUUUUGCUACAGGGGUAUACGGAUCGGAAAGUGCCCACACAUAUAGAAAUACAAGAAUAUUUGGUCAAAAUCGGUGAUAAGCCUCCAUCUUUUAAAGGAUCAUCUCAGUGGAUUGGUUCAACCGAAGUUAGCAUGUGUUUGCAGGGCUUUCUGGGCGUUGAUUCGAAGAUACUGCAUGUUAGUUCAGGGGCAGAACUUUCUACUUUAGGUUCCGAGUUGGUUAUGCAUUUUCAGACACAAGGCACACCUAUAAUGACCGGCGGCGGAGUUUUGGCUCAUACGAUAAUUGGGGUUGAUUAUUGUCUACAAAGUGGUGAAAUGAAAUACCUUAUUUUAGAUCCUCAUUAUACCGGCGAAGACGAUUUACAUACCAUACAAUCGAAGGGCUGGUGUGGUUGGAAGGGGCCCGAUUUUUGGGAUAAAAGAAGCUAUUAUAAUUUGUGUUUGCCUCAAAGGCCUGUAAUAUUCUAAAUGCCGUUGGUCGCCUCAUUCUAAGCUCAUUAUUGCAAUUGAUAUUAUUGUUGUUAUGAUUUGAUAUUGUUUUUUAAAAAUUUUUAAAAAUGUUUUCGAUAAGUUAGUUCUUUUUUUUUUCUUUGUUGGUAUUUAGGAUUCAAACUUUUAUACUUUUAAUAACGCAAAUUCUAAAGGUAAUUUGGAAUCAAUAAAAUGCUUAGUGGAGUAAUAAUUUAGAUUA